AUUUGUUUUGGUUGAGCAUAUGUCUUACGAGAUUCUGUUGCCUGUUUUGCGGAAGGGCUUUAAUUAGAAGGUAGAUAAACAGCCGGAGGGAAAUGGGUUUUACGGUGUGGUGACGGGAGGGAGAAGGCGCCGGAUAGGGCUCGUUAGGGUGAGCAGGCGUGCAAUUUGGCGAGGAUUCAGGCGUGAGAGCACGGAUGUUCCAAGCCCGGCGGUGAGAAAGCGUGUGACAACCCCAGUAUCUACAUGACUAAGGGCUCGAAGGCCGAGGAAGGCUUGUAAUGAGCACUACAGCUUCACAAGGGCUACUGGGAAGAGCUGAAGGAGGUGUAGGAGGAGGAGGAUCCGCAACUAAGCCCCCGAUGUCGUCACAGAAGAGCGGUCGCUCGGGCACUAUCCCUGGCCCGUUGAGUGGCCAGAAGAAGACCACCUUGGGCAAUGGCGUCUCGCUUCCCCGCAAGCCUGCCCGAUCUGUACCGCCCGGAGAACGAACAGUGAAACGUUUGAGGCUGUCGAGAGCUCUCACCAUUUCUGAUGGCAGUUCUGUGGCUGAUGCCUGUCGUCGAAUGGCUACUCGACGAGUGGAUGCUGCUUUGCUUGUUGAUAGCAGUGCGCUUCUUUGUGGCAUUAUCACAGAUAAGGAUGUUGCCACACGAGUUAUUGCUGAGGGACUUAGGCCCGAAGAGACUUUAGUGUCUAAGGUUAUGACGAAGAAUCCCGUCUUCGUUAUGGGCGAUACUCUUGCAGUGGAAGCAUUACAGAAGAUGGUUCAAGGCAAGUUCAGGCAUUUGCCUGUGGUGGAGAAGGGAGAGGUUGUCGCACUUCUGGAUAUCACCAAGUGUCUCUAUGAUGCUAUUGCUCGCAUGGAGCGGGCUGCUGAAAAAGGCAAUGCAAUUGCAGCUGCUGUUGAAUCUGUGGAGCGUGAGUGGGGCAAUAAUGCUUCAGAUAAGUCAAGUUUUAUUGAGAAUCUUCGAGACAAGAUGUUCAGGCCUACUCUAGGAUCUAUUAUUCCGGAAGGAUCCAAAGUGCCAACCUGUUCACCAUCUGAGACUGUCUCUGCCGCGACCAGAAAAAUGAAAGAGUAUCGGAUGAAUUCAGUGAUUAUUACUUCGCUCAGCAAUAAACCAUCGGGGAUUCUUACCUCAAAGGAUGUCCUGAUGAGAGUUGUUGCGCAAGGUUUACCUCCUGAAACGACGACCUUGGAUAAGGUCAUGACACCCAACCCUGAAUGUGCCGGUUUGGAUACCACUCUUGUGGACGCACUACACACCAUGCACGAUGGCAAGUUUCUCCAUCUUCCAGUUACAGAUCGAGAUGGAUAUAUUGUGGCAUGUGUGGAUGUCCUACAGCUUACACAUGGUGCUGUUGCAACCGUUGGUGGAGGAACUGGUAGUGUUGGUGGUGGUGGUGGAGGUGGAGGUGCUGAUCAAGCAACAAAUAUGUUACAAAAGUUCUGGGAUUCUGCUCUGGCCCUAGAACCUGCUGAUGAAGAUGAUGAUUCUCACAGUGAUUUUUCUGCUCGACAGUCUGAUAUAUAUUCAGAAAGACAAUCUGGUUAUCAAGAAAGACAAUCUGGUUAUCCGUCAUUUGGGCUCGGUAAUCAGUUCGCAUUCAAGCUGAAGGUGACUGGCAGCGAUGGAAAAGAGCAAAAUCAGCGCUUCAACUGUGGAUCUGAGAGCUUGACCGAACUUAUGUCGAUGAUAGUUCAGCGUCUUGGUCAUGACAUAGAUCGCACUCGUCUUCCUCGCCUCAUGUAUGUGGACGACGAAGGUGACAAAGUUCUGCUCGGCACUGACUCCGAUCUUGUGGCUGCUGUCAACUUUGCUCGCAUUAGUGGGUGGAAGGCGUUGACUCUCCAUUUGGAAGAACCACAAGAGCCAAGGCGUAAAAAAGUCUCGGCACCCCUGAAGCCUGUGCAGGCAGUGCAACCCUAUCAAACCUCUCAAGGGUUUUCAGGCAUGCACACAGCAAUCAUUGCUGGCAGUGUAGCAGUAGUUGCUGUGAGCAUUGUUUUAUUUUUCCGCCGCUCAAACUCUUGACUUUUUCAUCUAGGAACCUAUCUUGAUAAAUGAGAUUAUGCAGAAUAAGGCACAUUAGCACUAUGUAAGUGUUUUUGUUCGUAGAUUUAUUCUAAGGAAACAUUAUACCGAGAGCAAGCAUUUUUGAUAUGCGACUUUCUUCACCAAUUCAAGAGGUCGUUUGAUAUCUACGGCAUACUUUCUUAGUCCAACAAGAUCCUUUUCACUGCCAGGCUUUGCUUGUCACACAGAUCUGCUACUUGCAAUUUCUUCA